AUGGGAGUGAUGGUUUACGCACCUGGGGGAGAUGAGGGAGAGGGUGGGAGGGGAGAUGGGGAGUGGGAGGAGGGGGAGGAGGAGGAGGAGGAGGAGGAGGGAGAGGAGGUACAGGAGGGGGGGGAGGAGGAGGGGAAAGGGGAUGAGAGGAGGUGGAUGGAUUGGGGCAAUCUGGUUGGAUAUGAGGAGCAGAAACGCGAGAUAGAGGACACGGUGCUGCUCGCCCUGCUCCGCCCUGACGUGUAUGACAGCAUUGCCAGGGCUACACGCACCCACUUUGAGUCCAACCGUCCACGUGCCGUGCUGUUUGACGGGCCGCCAGGCACUGGGAAGACGUCAUGUGCAAGAGCCAUGACCAAACGUGGCACUGGGAAGACGUCAUGUGCAAGAGCCAUGACCAAACGUGGCACUGGGAAGACGUCAUGUGCAAGAGCCAUGACCAAAUGUGGCACUGGGAAGACGUCAUGUGCAAGAGCCAUGGCCAAACGAGCGAGCGUGCCGCUGGUGUACGUGCCGCUUGAGUCUGUAGCAUCCAAGUACUAUGGUGAGAGUGAGCGCCAGCUGUCGACCGUGUUUGCGCUGGCCAAUCAGCUGCACCCAGGUGGCGCCAUCGUGUUCCUCGAUGAGGUGGGUGGAUGCACUGGCAACAGCGAGGGACAGUGA